AUGACUAAUUAUCAUAACAAAGUUAAGCUCCUACUUGGUAUGAAAGCACUUUUAAUCAUAGCUUUCUUGCAAUGUGCAAACUCAUCCACCCCCCACGACCCGGCCGAAAUCCUGCUCCACGUCAUGCAAACCCGAUUCCAGGUCCCGCGUGGUUCUUUCGACAACUGGCGAAACUCGACCGGGCCGUGCAACUGGACUGGCAUCUCGUGCGACCCGAUGAGCCAAAAUGUCGUUUCCAUAAACUUAACCGGUUUCAACAUUUCCGGUCCCUUCCCAUCGGAGUUCUGCCGGAUUCCGACCCUUCAAAACCUUGACGUUUCCAACAACUACUUAGGCGGCAGAGUCGAGCUCCUCUCGAUUUCCAACUGCUCGAAUCUCGUCUCCCUCAACCUCUCGUUCAACCUCUUCGUCGGCACCCUGCCAGAUUUCCCGCCACAUUUUGUCAAACUAAGGAUUUUGGACCUUUCGUGCAACAAUUUUUCUGGGGAGAUCCCCGGGAGCUUCGUCAGCUUGCGGAAUCUCGAGCAUCUCAACCUCAUUUCCAAUUUGCUAAACGGGACGGCUUUCCCCGAGUUCUUAUCCAAUAUGACCGAGUUGACUCGACUACUCCUGUCCUGGAAUCCCUUCCGCCCGAGCCGGCUCCCGAGGAACAUCGGCCGGCUCACGAAGCUCGAGGAUUUCCAGGCCGUGUCCUCCAACCUCAUUGGCGAUAUUCCGUACUCAAUCGGGAACCUCAGAUCGGUUAAAAACUUCGACGUAUCUCAAAACAAGCUGCAGGGCACGAUCCCCGCCAGCAUCGGUGGCAUGACGAGCGUGGUCCAGAUUGAGCUGUACAACAAUCAUCUUUCGGGCGAAAUUCCUGAUACAUUCUCCAAACUGACAUCACUCCUACGUUUCGACUUCUCCCAGAAUAGCUUGACGGGGAGAAUCCCCGCCAGCCUGGCUGCCCUGCACGUCGAGUCCUUCCAUUUGAAGAACAACUUUCUGUCGGGGAACAUCCCCGAGGUUAUUGCUCUCAAUCCGGUGCUCUCCGAACUGUUGCUGUUCAACAAUAGCUUGUCUGGAAAGAUACCUGCCAAUUUGGGACUAUAUUCGGGCCUCGAGCAAUUCGACUUAUCAAACAACAACUUGGAGGGCCCGCUGCCACCCAACCUGUGCCAUGGGAAGAAGCUAAUGAUUCUGAAUAUCAUCAACAACAGGAUUUCGGGUGAGAUACCCGAAUCGUACGGGGAGUGCCUAACCUUAGUCCGUGUCCGCAUUCAGGACAAUGAGCUCUCGGGGAUUGUGCCAAACGGGCUGUGGUGUUUGAGCAAGCUCAAGUACCUGGAGAUCUCGAACAACAAAUUACAAGGCCGUAUUCCGCAGUCGGUUUCAUCUGCCAAGAGCCUGCAGCAGUUGCUGAUCGCCGGGAACAGAUUUUCUGGAGAGUUGCCUGGAGGAAUCUGCAAGUUGCAAGAGCUGGGAAGGUUUGAUACGAGUAGGAACAAGUUUUCGGGAGUGCUGCCUUCGUGUAUCAACAAGUUAACGAAUUUAACGGAGCUUUGCAUGCAGGGCAAUAACCUUAGCGGUGAAAUCCCAACGAAUAUUGGUGAUUUAGUUCAGCUGACAGAGCUGGAUUUGCAGGAAAAUCAAUUUUCCGGCCUCAUACCACCAGAGAUGGGGAAAUUGCCUGAGCUGAAAUACUUGAACCUUUCGAACAAUAAACUGUCUGGGGAAAUUCCGGACGAGCUCAGCAAACUCAAGUUAAAUGAGUUCGAUGUCUCCAAUAAUCGGCUUCAGGGUAGUGUCCCGCCCGGUUUGGAUACCCAGUUGUUUGUGUCAGGCCUAAUGGGAAAUCCUGGUUUGUGUAGUAAUAGUCUCAAAGAGCUCCAUCCUUGCUUGACGGCUAAACAUGCUCGUAAAAAAAUCAACUUUCUGUUGGUGGGGAUUCUUUCGGCUGUUGGGUCGAUUGGAAUUGUGUUACUCAUAUGGCUCGGGUUCAAGACUAAGAAAAUGUUCAACUUGAGACGCAAGGGCAACCAGACAUGGAAAAUCACGGCUUUUCAGAAGGUGGAGGUGGAUGAAGAGGAUGUGCUGGCCUCAUUGACAGCCGAGAAUGUAAUCGGGUCAGGAGGGUCCGGUUGUGUUUACAAAGUCGUGCUCAAGAGCGGGCAGACGGUGGCGGCGAAGAAGCUUUGGGAGGCAAACUUGGAAGAACCAGAGGAGGUGUUCCGGUCGGAAAUGGAGACCAUGGGAAACAUUAGGCAUCUAAACAUAGUGAAGUUGUUGUUUAGUUGCAUUAGUGAAGACUACAGGAUAUUGGUGUACGAGUACCUGGAGAACGGGAGUUUGGGGGAUGUUUUGCAUGGGGAGGGAGGUGGAGUUUUACUCGAUUGGCCUAAACGGUUUGCCAUUGCAGUGGGGACUGCCCAAGGGCUCGCGUAUUUACACCACGACUGUGUGCCUGCAAUUAUGCACAGGGACCUAAAGUCCAACAACAUAUUGUUGGAUGAGGAGUUUAGGCCCAAAUUGGCCGACUUUGGCUUGGCAAAAUUUUUGAAGCGGGAAGUGAAUGAGAGUGCUCAGACCAUGUCUCGUGUUGCUGGUACUUACGGAUAUAUUGCCCCAGAAUAUGGCUAUACGAUGAAAGUCACAGAAAAGACCGACGUCUACAGUUUUGGGAUAGUGUUGCUCGAACUUUUGACCGGAAAGAGGCCAAACGAUUCCUCCUUUGGUGAGAACAUGAGCAUUGUUAAGUGGGUAAAGGAUAUUACAUUGCCAUCCAGAAAACGAGGUGCAAACCGGGAAGCAAGUGAUAGUCGAAAUAUUGGCAAUUUGAACCAGAUAUUGGACUCUCGGAUGGAUCCUGACACGAUAGAGUAUCAUGAGGUAAAGAAAGUCUUGAAUGUGGCUCUCUUAUGUACUAUGGAGCUGCCCAUUAGAAGGCCAUCCAUGAAAAGGGCUGUCGAGCUGCUUAAGAAACGUUAG